GGUUGAGCCAGAAAAGAGAAGUUGCUCAACAGGAAACACAGACAGAAGCAAACAUUUCAUAUGUUAAUCUGUCCGUCCGUCUACCUAUCUAUUAUAUUCAUUGGAGCACCAUCUCAACACCAUGUCUCUCCUUUUAGGGUUUGGAUUGCUGACCUGCAUAGCAUCAUCAGAUUUCAGCUCUGUGUUUGUGCUGAAGGGACAGGACAUUUGUCUAGAUGUCCAGGAAAAUGUUCAACUGAGAGAGUUGGAGGUUUUCAAGUGGAGCUUCGGAUCAGCUAAUAUCCUAAGAUGCACUGAUACAUUGUCAGUGAGAGUGUCUCCUAGGUACAACAACAGGGUUGAGUUUUAUAAGGGAAACUUCUCUCUGCUACUGAAGAACAUACAGGAAGGAGACAGUGGACCUUAUACUGCAGUAGUGAGUGGUGACAAAGAAAAGACUAUUAUUGUACACCAGUUAGUUCUCCAAGAGAGAGUUGAGCCUCCAGUCCUGACAUUGGACUCUAACUCCACCAUCAAUGGCAACUGUAACGUGACUGUGACCUGCAGAGGCCAGAAAACCUCUGUCACCUCCAGCUGUAACAGCAGCACCUGCUCUCAGGUGGGAGGAGAGAGUAGAGGGGCUGAGACCUCCACUGUCCCCCUGCUCUCUGUCUAUGUGGCAGGGGGUUCCAUCAUUUGUAACCACAGCAACCAAGUCAGCUGGGCCAACGACACCAAGGAGAUAGUGGAACUCUGUCCAAUGAAAUCUGGGAUUGGAUUGCUGACCUGCAUAGCAUCAUCAGAGCCCAGUGCUGAGACCUCUGUGUUUAUGCUGAAGGGACAGGAUGUUCUCCUGAAUGUCCAGACAAAUGUUCAACUCCAAGAGGUUGAUGUGCUUUUUUGGAAGUUUAACAGAUUAGACCUUGUUGUAAAGUACCCCCCAAAAGUUACCUUUGAAAGGUACCGAGGUAGGGCUGAAUUUAGUGUGGGAGACUUCUCUCUGCUACUGAAGAACAUACAGGACGGAGACAGUGGACUUUAUGAUGCAGUAGUGAGUGGUAACAAUGACAGAAAUGUUGCUAAAUACGUGUUGGUAGUUCAAGAGAGAGUUGAGCCACCAGUUCUGACAGUGGACUCUGUCUCCUCCAUUAAUGGCAUCUGUAACGUGACUGUGACCUGCAGAGGUCAGAAAACCUCUGUCACCUCCAGCUGUAACAACAGCACCUGCUCUCAGGUGGGAGGAGAGAGUAGAGGGGCUGAGACCUCCACUGUCCCCCUGCUCUCUGUGUAUGUGGCAGGGGUUCCAUCAUCUGUAACCACAGCAACCAAGUCAGCUGGGUGAACGACACCAAGGAGAUAGUGGAACUCUGUCCAUUGAAAUCUGUGUCUCCCCCUGCUGGUAGCGUGUCUAUGUGCAUGCUGAAGAUCAUCCUGGUGUCUGUGGGGCUGGUCAUCAUGAUCUCUGCUGUCAUCACUGUCCACAUCAGGGACAGAUUCCACUAUGGAUAGAAUCAUGUGUGUUGUAUUUUUUUCUACCUCAGACAAAGUGAUUUAGGCUCAUGCUUCAUUACUGAAAAAGUAGAGAUUCAUGAUGAUUAUUAUCAGUAUUUUGUCUCAUCUGGUUUUCUAUUUGAAAUAAUUGUUGGUCAUACUGGUCUUGGCCAGUCAGUUGACUGCUCUUCCCACAUAAAGCCUCCAGUUCCCUCGAUGGAUGAUCGAUCAGUCAACCUACUUUUGUUGACAAAUUUGACACCUUUUGGAAGCAGACAAUGCUCUAUAAGGGGAUGGGAUCCACCUAAUCACUUCUGUGUCUGGAUCCUGUCCAAACACUACAAGGCAGAGUUGAGGCAUUGACUGAUCAAAUCAAGCUCCUCAAAAUGUAUUUACUCCCAUUAAAUAGCAUUGAUAUCAUUCUGCCACAGCUUCUCAUGUUGAUAGGUGUAUUGUAAACAGUAAUUCUGUGCCUGCCAUUUUAAUUUCCAUUGACAGCUCUGUUAGCUCCCGUUAGCUCUGUUGUUAGCGCCACCUAUGCUAUUAAUAGUUUUACAGUAUAUCAAGCUAUCGUUUUGCUACAUGUGCUCAUAAGCAUAGUGUUAUUGUUCAUUGUUCUAUUGUACUCAUUUAUCUGAAAUCUUAUAUUAGCUCAGGAACCAGGAAGCCCAUUGUGGCUAGCUCAACCAGUUCUAUUGACUCUUGUGUCACCAUGGAUACUCCUGCUGUUUUCAAAUCUCGCAGAAGGCUUGGACUGUUACAUUAAAAUGUGCCUGAUGUCUAAACUGGACGUUCUGGGUGCAUGACACUAGUCCAGAUGUUUUGUUUAUCUCAUCAUGCAACAAUUUCAUAGAUUUUACUGAGUUACAGUUCUUAUAGGGAAAUAAGUCAAUUUAAAUAAAUGAAUUAGGUCUUAAUCUAUGGAUUUCACAUGACUGGGAAUACAGACAUACAUCUGUUGGUCUCAGAUACCUUAAGAUAAAAGAUAUGGGCGUGGAUCAGAAAACCAGUCAGUAUCUGGUGUGACCACCAUUUGCCUUAUGCAGCGUGACACAUCUCCUUCACAUAGAGUUGAUCAGGCUGUUGAUUGUGGUCUGUGAAAAUGUUGUCCCACUCCUCUUCAAUGGCUGUACAAAGUUGCUGGAUAUUGGUGGGAACUGGGACACGCUGUCGUACAUGUUGAUCCAGAGCAUCCCACACGUGCUCAAAGGGUGAAAUGUCUGAGUAUGCAGGCCGUGGAAGAACUGGGACAUUUUCAGCUUCCAGGAAUUGUGUACAGAUCCUUGCGACAUGGGGCUGGAUGGAUGGAUGGCACGACGAUGGGCCUCAGGACCUUGUCAUGGUACCUCUGUGCAUUCAAAUAAAUCAAAUGCAAUUGUGUUCGUU